AUGGCAUCGUCUCAUUCCACUCGCAAUGUAGUCGUCGUCAUCGGCACAGGUAGGAUGGGUCUCGCAGUCACACCGCGACUGGCUCCCGGAAAGCACGUUCUUCUAGCCGACUUUCAGGAAACGACAUUGAACAAUGCCCUUUCCACGCUUCGGGAAGAAGGCAUUAGCUGUGAAGGUCAUUCAGUAAACAUCGCCCACUACCCAUCCGUCGAGGCCUUUGCACAUGCUGCUCAUUCUGCGAGCCGUAUCAACGCUAUUAUUCAUACGGCAGGCCUGUCUCUCGGAAGUGCCAGUGCCAAAGGGAUCUAUGCCGUGGACUUGAUCGGUACUGCCAAUAUCAUCGAGGCUUCUUGUCUGUUGCGUCCGAGGGAACCUCCUUGUCUGGAGUGCCACCUUGCUACCGCACCUCUCACGCGACUUUUGGAUCAUGAAGGACUGAACAUGGAAUCCUUGGAUGGCAAUGUUGCAUACACCGUUUCCAGGUGGGCUAAUAUUCUGAGAGUACAAGGUGCUGCAGAAGCUUGGGGUAGUCGACAAGCCCGAUUAAAUAGCAUCAACCCUGGAGUCAUUGCAACUCCGCAACUUCUCUCGCAACUGGAUGGACCCCUUGGUGUAGGCCCAAAGACUAUGGUUGGGGUUUCGGCUUUGCGACGUAUGGGUACCCCGGAUGGAAUCGCGAACAUCGCAGUCUUUUUGGCUGGAGCCGAGUCUCCCACGGGUGCAAGACACCAAGACUGGCCUUGGCGUCUUCAGCCUCAACCCGCGGCAAGUCUGACGCACGACGCACGACCCUCGGACCCACAUGACUCCGCCAAACAAGACGGCCAGGGUUCAAUAGCAACCAUGUCCAACAUCCUGCCUCUGCACCACGCGUACUACCCCUCGCGCCAGUCGUCGCUCUCGAAACCAGUCAACCCCGUACAGGCAGCCUCCACGUCCUCGUCUGCAGCCACGAUCCGCCCACAGUCCAACGUACAAUCGCAACCACAAGCGCAGCACACAGCAAUGAGCGGGAACGCAAGCCAAGGGCCUGGGCUGCGGUAUCCUUCGAACAAGAAGAGCAUAUACGAUAGGAACCUGAAUCGUAGCAAAAAUGCCGAACUGAGUAGAGCAGCGUUUGCAUACCUCUUCAUUGAGAUGAUUGCAUAUGCGCAAAAGGGCGCAAAGGAUGUGGGGGACUUGGAGCAGAGACUAAACACCCAAGGCUACCCCAUUGGCCUCCGUCUACUUGACCUCCUCCUAUCCCGCACUGCCAACCCCCUCGCUAGUAUCCGACCCACACGUAUCCUGCCUCUGCUGCAAUUUAUCGCACAGCAACUAUACCGCUACCUCUUCGGUCGCCCCGCUGACGCGUUAGAAAAGUCUGGUACCGAUCCCGGGCAGUACAUGCUCUUCGAUAACGACCCUAUGGUCAACCAAUACAUAAGCUUGCCCAAGGAACUGUCAAGUCUGAAUUGUGCGGCCUUUGUGGCGGGCAUAAUUGAGGGCGUGUGCGACGGCGCAGGCUUCCCAACCGAAGGUGUAACCGCGCAUAGUGUAGGCGACGAAGAAGGCAAGGAUGGAAAGGGAUUGUGGCCGGGGAAGACGGUCUUUUUGAUUAAAUUCAAGCCUGAAGUACUGGAAAGGGAAGAGAUACUUGGCAGAGGUGGGGGCUGA